AUGGCGACGUCGGCGACACGCUACAAGCUCAUCUUCCACGCGCCCAUCAGCGCCGUGGAGGCGUGCAAGCAGGCCAUCUUCGCGGCCGGGGCGGGCCGCUACCCCAACUACAGCCAGUGCGCCUUCACGGUGGUGGGCGAGGGCCAGUUCCUGCCGGGCGACGCCGCGCAGCCGCACAUCGGCAAGCCCGGCGCGCUCGAGAAGGUCCAGGAGGCCAAGGUGGAGGUGCUCUGCGCCGGGCAGGAGACGACGAGGCAGGCCGUCGAGGCCUUGAAGAAGGCUCAUCCAUACGAGGAGCCGUCCUACGAAGUCUUCAAGAUGGAGGACUUUUAA